AUGUCGACGUUCUUGCCCCCGGCGCCGCCGGCGCCAGCUCCGCCAGCGCUCCUGGUGCCGGUGGCGUACGCUACCGGAGGCGGCACGCCCGUGGGAGCGGCAGGGAGAGGGUCGUCGUACGGCCCGGUGAUCGCCAUGCUGGCCGUCGUGGCCGUGCUGGCGGCCGCCGCGGUGGCCGUGGGGCGGCUCUGCUUCGGGCGCCGUGCGCAGGGCCACGCCGGCGGCGGCGCCCACGACCUGGAGGCCUGGGUGGAGCGCACCUGCGGGCCCUGCGUCGGCGCCACCGCGCUCGUCCAGGAAAGCAGGGAGGAGGGAGGCGGUGCCGCCGCCGGUGGUGCUGGGGCCGCGGCGGCGACGGAGCUGGCGCUGGCGCCGGAGGGAACAGAGCGAGGGGAGAGUGACAGCAGCGCGUAG